CAUGGGACUUGCAGGCUAUCGUCAACCCCGCACAGUCUUCACCAUUCAAGCUGCGUUUGAACUCGAGGAUAAGAUCUACUUCUAGUUCUACCAUAAUAUCUUACAGCAUUCUUAAGCUUCUGAUAGCUAUUGUCCCUUCUCAUCCGGUCAAUCGCCACCACAAAGUUGCUCUUCAAGUCUUUAAUCAAACAACAACAUCAGAUUACAAACAAAUUCCAGGCGUACCGGUAACAACAUGGCACCCUAUCUCAGCGACAACACUACUUCGGACACCAACAGCGACAGCCAUGAAGCAUAUCUCAAAGCACCCGACUUCCAGAACUUCGACAACCCACCUCGCGUUUUAGUUAUAGGUGCAGGUAGCCGCGGCACAGCCUACGCAGAGGCUGCCCUAGAAGGCACCAAUACAAUCAUCGCAGCAGUGUGUGAGCCCAUUCAUUCCAAGCGCGAGGCAUUUGGCAAGAGGUUCAUAUGGACUGGCAAAUGGCCUGCUCAGCCUGGGCAGCACUUCUUCGACUGGCAGCAAUGGGUCGAGUGGGAGGAAGAGAGGAGGGAAGAUGAAGUCAGAGGGAGAGUAAGAGAGCCAGGAAUCGAUGCAGUCUUCGUUUGUGUGCUCGACGAGAUGCACGAAGAAGUUGUGUGUGGCAUUGCUCAUCUGGGUGUGCAUAUAUGUUGUGAGAAGCCACUGAGUACGAGGCUGGAGAGCUGCAUUAGGAUGUACAAGGCACUCAAGUAUGCAAAGAAGAGCAACGACACAGUGGGAGGGAAGAAAGAGCCAAUCUUCGGUAUAUGUCAUGUACUACGGUACUCACCACACAACAUGCUCCUACGACAUCUGGUGCGAGACAAGAACGUUAUCGGAGAUGUUCUCAGUAUCGAGCAUUGCGAGCCCGUGGGCUGGUGGCACUUCAGUCACAGCUACGUUCGCGGUAACUGGCGCAAAGAGUCCACAUCCGCGCCGUCCCUUCUCACAAAGUCCUGCCAUGACAUCGACUUCCUGAUGUGGAUGCUCUGCACACCCUCUUCGUCCACAUCUACACCCCACCUGCCCUCGCACAUAACCUCCACUGGCUCACUCAAAUACUUCCGAAAAUCCCACAAGCCCGCAGCCGCAGGCAGCGCAACAAACUGCCUCUCCUGUGCCCACGAGUCCUCAUGCUCCUACAGCGCAAAGAAGAUCUACCUCGACAAGCACCUCGCAAAAGGCAACGCAGACUGGCCCGUCAAGAUCGUAAACUCCGAAAUCGAGGACAUUUACAAGACACAAGGCGCAGAAGCAGCCAAAUCGCAACUCUUGGCUGACCUGGCCGAAGACUACGACGUCUCCACUCCGCUCGGGGUCAGGAACAAGAGGAACUACUUCGGUCGCUGCGUCUGGGACUCCGACAACGACGUCUGCGACGACCAAAUGGUCACCCUCUCUUGGGAAGAUGAUGGGGAGGACGCGAGAAGAGGUGCGAAGACGGCGUUAUUUCACAUGAUUGCGCAAACGGAGAAGCAGUGUGAGAGACGGGGCAGGAUUUACGGCACGAAGGGGGAGAUUGAGUACGAUAGCACGACUAUCAGUAUUCACGACUUUGCAACCAACAAGACUACGAGGCAUGUUCCGCAUGCCGCGGGCGGUGGACAUGGAGGCGGGGAUGCAGGGCUGGCGAGACAGUUCCUCAUGGCAGUCAAUGCUGUCGACUCCGGAGACAUGAGAACGUACGAGGCACAGAGGGCUUUCUUGGGCUGUGAUCUUGAAGAAGCCUUCAGAAGUCAUGCGGUCGUCUUCGCAGCAGAAGACGCGAGAGUGCAAAGGCUGGUUGUGGACUGGGAGACAUGGUGGAAGGAGAAUGUCGAGAGUCAGUUGGCAUCGUGAGAAGGUAUAUUCAGGCGUUCGCCAUCUACAUCGAACUGUAGUUCUUACACGGUGGCCCCUUGAUGAUGCUGGGCUUCUUCGUCAUGAACAUACGACGCUU